AUGAUGAGCAGAAAAGCGCAAAGAAACCCUACAUUAUACUUGGCCGCUCUAAUAGCAACUUCGGCAGUGGCAAUAUCUUACAAAGUUUAUGAUUCGUAUAUCAAGUCGUCUCAAUCAACACCUACAAAAGAUACAAAUGACUCCACAUCUUUAACACCAGCCACCAAAUCAUUUACUAUAUCGAAAAAGUAUCUCAAUAAAUCAAUUGCAAUAACCCUUUCAUCAUCAUUUCUAUCGUCUCAGUUGCCGCUUAAUGAAAUCCUAACUACACAAGAAAACAUGAUUUUCAUCAUUCCACCAAAUUUGAAUGAAGAUGAUUUGAAUUUGAAAAUACCUCCAAAUUUUAAGCUACUCAAAUGUUCAAAUGUACAGGGUUAUUUACAAAUAUUGAAGAAUUUGAAACCCGAUUGUUUAUUAUUGUGCAGUGAUGAUUUAGGUAUCAACUAUACUAGUUUAUCGCUGGAUUUGCGUAAUUUCAUCAGAACGAUAAUCAAUGUUGAGCAAGAUCAGGAUUUGAUGUUACAGGUAAGACCAGUUUUCAACUGA